CCCCACUACGAGCAGCGAUCUGCAGCUCUCCAGCUCAUUCACUGAGUGGCUGCGCUACGGGCAACAACAGGCUACCUCCCGUCCUCCAAUGCUGCUUGCGAUCCGGGUAAAAAGAAGACAAAACGAUAUGAAGACUUAGGUACUGUUGACACCCAACAAAGAGCCAUAAAACCGACAUCAGAUCAACCUCCACGGGAUUGGCCAUAGGGAACAGGCUACUCACAGGGCUCGUGGUUGUAGGUGUCAUCUAGCCUUCAGUCCGAUGUUCCUUCGUCAUUUCUAUGUCAUGUAAACAAACCACUCCACAAGAUAAUUGGUGGUUAGUGUCAUAUCGCGACCAUUGUGGUACCACGACUGCUCCGUGACCUCCCCGGACAACCCGGAAUGUGUUUCGAAGGGAUGAUUCUUUAGGCAGUUGUUGAAAUGGCCAGGUAUGUAACCCAUGGGCCCAGGUAGAGAUGCUUUGUUCCCUGCAGUCGUUCUGCCAGGGCAGCGGUUCCGGGCGCAGACCCUGCAUUAGCUCUAUAAGCUGCUCAUGUGACUGCAGUUAGGGAAACUCCUCCAGUCCAACUGCCCAGUAGGAGCCACACUUCGUCCCCUCGUCUGCCUGGCACCAUGCCUCUCUCCAACGACCACAACGACACUGGCGGCGAGCUGUCCCCGCCCCUGGGGGGCUGUGAGCUCCAGGACCAGUACCUGGACCCCUCCGGGACCUGCUUCAAGUCCAAGAGCCUCCCUAUCCUCAACGGGCCCCGUCAGCGGGGCCGCGAGGAAGAGGAGGAGGAGGACGAGGAGGAGGGAGCCAUGGAGGAGUGCCGUCUGGUCACGGCCGCCGCCCCGGUGGGCGAGGUGGACGAGACCAGCGCACUGCAGCCCAAGACCCCCUCCUGCAGCCGCGCGGGGUCCCCCUCGUCCCACGGCAGCGACUUCCCCGCCUCGUCCUCCGGAGCGGCGGGGCUGAGCGGUGGGCCGGGCGCCCGGAAGCAGGGCUUCUCCCUGACGCGUCUGGUGGGCGCGCCGGCACGCCGCUGCGCCCGCGCCAUCCUGCGGGACUCGCGCUGCUUCCUGUUCUGCAUGAGCUACCUGACGUUCAUCCAGUCGCUGAUGGUGUCGGGCUACCUGAGCAGCGUCAUCACCACCAUCGAGAAGCGCUACAGCCUGCGCAGCUCGGAGUCGGGGCUGCUGGUCAGCUGCUUCGACAUCGGCAGCCUGCUGGUGGUGGUGUUCAUCUCCUACUUCGGGGGGCGGGGCCAGCGGCCGCGCUGGCUGGCGCUCGGCGGCGUGCUGAUCGCGGUCGGCGCCGCCCUGUUCUCGCUGCCCCACUUCAUCUCGCCGCCGUACCAGAUCCAGGAGCUGAACUCUUCGUCGGGGCGCGAGGGGCUCUGCCUCAGCGCCAACGGCAGCGGGCGGGAGGCCGGGGCCGCCGGGGCCUGCCCGCGGGACCAGGAGGGCAACGAGCACAACCUGUACGUGGCGCUGUUCGUCUGCGCCCAGAUCCUGGUGGGGAUGGGGUCGACGCCCAUCUACACACUGGGGCCCACCUACCUGGACGACAACGUGAAGAAGGAGAACGCCUCGCUCUACCUGGCCAUCAUGUACGUGAUGGGGGCUCUGGGCCCGGCCGCGGGAUACCUCCUGGGGGGGGUGCUCAUCGGCUUCUACGUGGACCCCACCACGGAGGUCACCAUCGACCAGAGCGACCCCCGCUUCGUCGGCAACUGGUGGAGCGGCUUCCUGCUGUGCUCCGUGGCCAUGCUGCUGGUCAUCUUCCCCAUGUUCGCCUUCCCCAAGAAGCUGCCCCCCCGCCACAAGAGGAGGAAGAAGAAGAAGAGCGUGUUGCCCGGCGACGACUCCAGCGACGACGAGGUGACGAAGGAGAAGACGGCCGGCGGCGCCACGCACAACGUCUCCUCCUCCAUGGGCUUCGGGAGGGACUUCAGAGAGCUCCCCAAGGCGGCCAUGAAGAUCCUCAGCAACAUGACCUUCAUCUUCAUCAGCCUCUCCUACACGGCUGAGUGCGCCAUCGUGACCGCCUUCAUCACCUUCAUCCCCAAGUUCAUCGAGUCCCAGUUCGGCAUCCCCGCCUCCAACGCCAGCAUCUACACCGGCCUGAUCAUCGUUCCCAGUGCGGGCGUGGGCAUCGUGCUGGGGGGCUACAUCAUCAAGAGGCUGAAGCUGGGCGCCCGCGAGUCGGCCAAGCUGGCCAUGAUCUGCAGCGGCGUGUCGCUGCUCUGCUUCUCCACGCUCUUCAUCGUGGGCUGUGAGAGCAUCAACCUGGGGGGCAUCAACAUCCCCUACACCACCGGCCCCACCCUCACCAUGGCCCACCGCAACCUCACCGGCAGCUGCAACGUCAACUGCGGCUGUAGGAUCCACGAGUACGCUCCAGUCUGCGGCUCCGACGGCAUCACCUACUUUAACCCCUGCCUGGCCGGCUGCAGUGGGGUGGGGAACGACAGCACGGGGGUCAGGAACUACACGGACUGCGGCUGCGUCCAGAGCCGGCAGGUCAUCACGCCGUCGUCCGGAGGGCCGGUCAACCAGCUGCAGCUGGUCAUCGUGAAGACCUACCUGAACGAGAACGGCUUCGCGCUGUCGGGGAAGUGCGACCGCACCUGCAAUACCCUCAUCCCCUUCCUCAUCUUCCUCUUCAUCGUCACGCUCAUCACCGCCUGCGCACAGCCCUCCGCCAUCAUCGUCACGCUCAGGUCUGUUGACGAGCAGGAACGGCCUUUCGCUCUGGGGAUGCAGUUUGUCCUGCUCAGAACGCUUGCCUACAUCCCCACCCCCAUCUACUUCGGCGCCGUCAUCGACACCACCUGCAUGCUGUGGCAGCAGGACUGCGGCGUGCACGGCUCCUGCUGGGAGUACGACGUCACCUCCUUCCGCUUCGUGUACUUCGGCCUGGCCGCCAGCCUGAAGUUCGUGGGCUUCAUCUUCAUCUUCCUCACCUGGUACUCGCUGAAGCACAAGGAGGACAGGCCGGCGGGGGCCGUGGCCAGCGGGCGCCACCUGGCCCUGCCCCCGCUGGGCACGGUCAGCGAGCUCAUCUGCCACGCCGGCGGCCACAAGAGCCACGCCCGCACGCGGUCGUGCCCCGUGUUCACGCCUCCCCGGGGCGACCCCGGCCCCAGCCUGCUCCAACGCGGCCACAGCAGCCUCAGUUGCCCCGGUAACGACCUCAAAGCAAUAGCCGCGCCCAUCCUUGGUUCCGCCCACGUCUGAGGGGGGGGAUCCU